AUGGUUGAUGUCGGACAAUCCUUGCGGUACCACCCUAACUCGGGUGGACGCCAUGUAUUCGACCUGAACCUAGCUCUGAUUAUUGUUUCGACAUUGCUGGUCUCUCUCCGUCUGCUCAUACGGGAGAUCAUAGUAAAAGCUCUGGGCUGGGAUGAUUUCCUUGCAAUAGUAGCUUGGGCCUUGUGUGUCACACUCUCGGCCCUUGAAAUGGACACAACCAACUACGGCACCGGGGCCCAGAUCGAAGAUGUUCCCCGGCCGACGCUGCUUCAAUUCUUCAAGAGGCUUUCUAUCAUGGAGCUGGUCUACUUUCUCGCUUCUGGUGCCGUACGCCUGUCUAUAUUAGCGUUUCUUCCACGCUUGAGCAAGAACAAGAUAUAUAUCUGGAGCAUAUACGCUCUCAAUGCUAUGGUGAUCAUAGUCAGUUUGUCGGGAUUCUUUUUCGUCUUGACAGAAUGCUCGCAGAUACCUGAUGUCUUCAAUUAUUCUAGCACAUGGCGACAAUGCAGAGACAAACGCGAAGAGCGAUCGAUGAUGCUGGGCCAUGCCAUUAUCUGCAUCUUUGUUGAUUGUAUGCUGGUCGUCCUUCCGCUAUGUGUUGUGACGAACUACGUCAAAAUGGGCGUCAAGGCCAUACAAAUCUUGCUGGUUUUUUCUCUGGGAAUCUUUGCUGUCGUUACUGGCAUCGUUCGAUUUUCCAUUAUCGUCACGACGGACUUCGGUGUAAACACGACGUACAAGAUGCUCACUGUAGCUGCAUGGACCGACGCCGAGCUCCAUGUUGGUCUCUGGGUCGGCUGUUUUCCCGCCCUGCAACCUCUACUCCGACAUGUAACUUUGAUGCUCGCAAUGCGCAGCCAGUUGGACAGCACAGGUGCCGCAAGCAAGAGGAACACGAUGACGUCCACGGCAACUUCCAAUAGAAAAAGCGUUUUGGACAGGUGGUCACGGAGUUCUGGUAACGUGCGCAGUGAGAGCGCCGGAAUCCAGCCGUUGGAAAGCGGCGCUGGGCAAGUCGAGGCUGUAGGUGGCCAGUCUGGCGAUGUUGAGAUGGUGGAUCUCGAGAAGGGGGAAGGCGCUGGUCAAGUUGGCAAGCAACCAGAGAUCUCGACACCAGGAAAAGUGGUGAAAGCGUGCAUGAAAUCCGAGAAGUUGUUGGCACGGACCAACCCUUCUUCUUCACGCACCUUUCAUCCAACGACGACUUCGGCUCCUUUCUCGAACGGAGCACUGCGAACUUCAGAAUCUACCUCGACAGAAAGCGACAACGUCACGCCAUCUAGAUCCUAUGCAAUCUACACAUGCUUUACCCCCAGUCACCUUCAUACGAAACUCGAGAUUGAAGUCCAUUUCAAGACAUCGUGUCUCCUCUUGUUCAUACCCAACGGCACCACUUCACAGUUUCCGCGUCUAAGCGUCGCCUCUCAUUUCCAGUACCCACUAGUCAUCACAGGAGACAGUAUCAAUAUGGCAUCACUCUCAGCAUUUGGAUAUCCCGCAAGAUUUGCACCCGGCAAUAUCGGACCGCUCUGGACUGCCCUCUUCUACGGAGUUCCCGUGAGCAAUAUUGUCAUCCAUCUGGCCUGGCUGGCCGCGCUCCAUCCAAUCUUCUCUUCGCUCCCGAUAGACCGCAGGCGUCUUUCCGCAUUUCUUCGCAAAUACUUUAUGCUCAGCUCAAGUGACCCCCGACUACUCACCUUCUUUACCUCGGCCUUUAGUCACAUCCAGCCUUUACACCUUUUCGUCAACAUGUCAACAUAUAAAACUUAUGUCGAGUCGUUUUAUUUACUCAGUGUAUCGCCGCUACGAUUCAUUGUACUGUCCCUCGGGAGUGCAAUCACCGCUUGCCUUUGCCACAUUUUCAAUGCCAGGAGAAGACGGGGAGCAAAGAACAAUGCCGAGAGGACGGCUGUUGGAGCAAGCGGAGCCUUGACUGGUCUCGGCACAGCUCUGGCGUUAAUGUUUCCCACGAUGAAGGUCCGCCUUUCCGGGACACAUCAAGUUCUACCCUUGCGCCUUGUUGUCUUGGGAAUGUUUGCCGUGGAUGCCUACUGUCUGAGUACCGAGCGGGACACAGGAGUGGGACAUGCCGGACACCUCGGAGGCGCAGCUUUUGGCUUAGCAUACUUCUUCUGGAGGAAAGCUACGGGUGCUUUUACUUUGUAA